CAGAGGUGCGGGGAGAUGAGUAAAAUGUCUCGCAAAUACAAUACGCCGCUGCGCCCUUCCCGCAGGAGAGCUCCCCGUCAGGGGACUCGGGAAAAUAAAAGAGAGCAUGCGUUGAUGACAUCACGAAGUGCCCCUUCUUUGUGUGUCAGUGAUGUCACCAAGUGCAGUGUGGGGGACAAUGGAAUCCUGAACUCCGGGCGAGUGGGAAGCGGCUGCUCCUGCUGCGGGUUCGGCGCUGAGCCGAGGGAGGGAAGGGAGGACACAGCUGCUGCUUUGGGGCUGAAACAGGUUGGGGUGUGUGGUGGGGGGGUCACUAUGUCGGAUGACGAUUCGAGGGCCAGCACCAGCUCCUCCUCAUCUUCAUCCUCCAACCAACAGACAGAGAAAGAGACAAGCACGCCUAAGAAGAAGGAAGGCAAAGUCAGCAUGAGUAAAAACUCUAAGCUGCUAUCUACCAGUGCCAAGAGGAUUCAGAAGGAAUUGGCUGACAUCACCUUAGAUCCACCCCCCAACUGCAGUGCUGGCCCCAAAGGUGAUAACAUCUACGAAUGGAGAUCAACCAUUCUAGGACCUCCAGGUUCAGUCUAUGAGGGAGGUGUUUUCUUCCUUGACAUCACAUUUACACCAGAAUAUCCGUUCAAGCCUCCAAAGGUAACGUUUCGGACAAGAAUCUACCACUGUAACAUUAACAGCCAAGGCGUCAUCUGCCUGGACAUUUUAAAAGACAACUGGAGUCCGGCGUUAACCAUUUCUAAAGUCCUCCUCUCCAUCUGCUCCCUCCUCACAGACUGCAACCCAGCUGACCCCCUGGUUGGAAGUAUUGCCACUCAGUAUAUGACUAACAGAGCAGAGCAUGACAGAAUGGCCAGACAAUGGACCAAAAGAUAUGCUACAUAAAUAAGAUUUUUGUGAAACUCUUACAUUAUUUGUCUGUGAUGGAAAGAGCUGCUUAUGAUUUUGAAGGGGUGGGGGGAGGGAGGGUGCUGGUAAAGAGUAGGGUAUUUCUAUAACAGAUUUUAUUCAGUCUUUUAUUUCCUAAGAUUUUGUUGUUGUAACUUAAGGUAUCUUGCUACAGUAGACAGCUAGGAUUGGGAAUAGCAUAUUUUAAGACUGUAAUUAGUUCAGCAAUAUUAGCUCACAUAUAGUACCGAGGAGAAUGUAAACUUCUUAGACUUCUUUGGUUUUCAGUUUGCUUGCAAUAUGUAAAAGAUUAAAACAGCUUAAUUUUGUACAGGUACAUAUGUUGACAUUUAUGUAAAAGUCCUUUCAAGACUCUACACACUGUUUUUGCCUUUUUUUUUGUUUAGGUUUGGGGAGGUUAUUAUGUUCUGGGUUGGGGUUGGGGUUGGGUUUUUUUUCCCUUCUUUUUUUUCUUUGUAAAAAGAUGUUGGGAUUGUUUUCCCCUAUGGAGGGCACAUUGGUAUUUAACAAUCCUUAUUAAAGACUGUCAUCUCAUGAUCUGUGAUUAUGGAGAGGUGGAUGUAUGGCCUCAUAUAUGAAAUGAGAAGUAGUUAGUGUAUUAUUUUAUAAGCCAAUCUAUCUUUGUGAAAAGAAUAAAGGUCUUAAUCAGGAUUUACGGUAACCUGUAGUGAAAUACCUUAAGCUGUUUAAUUGUAAGGCGUGGAAUAGGAGUCACUCAGUGGAUUGGUUGUAUGUUGUGGGCUACUUAAGUCUGCAUUUGUUACUGUGCUAAUAAAAAGAUGUUUAAAAAAAAAGAA